UGUCUGCAAAAGCUGAUCUGAGAUCAGCAGCGUUACGUGGCUCUUCCUUUGCCACUAAAGUAAAGGAUAUGUACUUCCGGUAGGCAGUAAGCUACACAGUGGAUCAAAGCGCUUCGUUUAUCCGUAGUUUUCAUAUUUGGAGAUCUAUUUCAGACGUGUUUUGUGGCAGAAGUGUUCAAGUGUUCGAGUCGCGUCACCGUACGCAGGAGGAGGGUCUGCAGUCUGCGCUGGACUGGAAGAGUCAGUCAAGGGCGAAAUAAAACAGACAAAGCGUGACACUUCCCCUUCACAAGAGACAAACAACGUUCGGCAAGAAAGACAAGAGUCUCGGCCUAUUCAUCAUCAUGUUGUUGCGUAAAGUUACUCAAAGUCCUGCGAUCUGCAGCACUGUCUUCCGUCUACAACCAGCUAUCACAGGAGCGCAGCGCCAAACUGGAGCUGUUGUGGCAGUGCAAAAUGGUCGUUUUUACGCGAGCCAGGCUGCAGAGGCUGUUCUGGACAAGAAUGUAGUCGGCAGCGACGCCACAAUGACAGCUGAGAAGCUUGAUAAGAUGGCUAUUGUGGAGUCAAAAUCCUUUGCUGUGAACAUGUUCAAAGGGCAAAUCAGCACUUCUCAGGUGUUCCCCUUCCCCUCAGUGCUCAAUGAAGAGCAGUCACAGUUCCUCAAGGAGUUAGUUGGGCCAUGCAGUAAGUUUUUUGAGGAAGUGAAUGACCCCAUGAAGAAUGAUGCUCUGGAGAAGGUGGAGGAACACACAAUGGAAGGCCUGAAGGAGAUGGGAGCUUUUGGUCUUCAGGUGCCUGCAGAUCUUGGUGGCGUGGGCCUCACCAACACACAGUACGCCAGGCUGGUGGAGAUUGUUGGGAUGCAUGAUCUGGGUGUGGGCAUCACUCUUGGUGCCCAUCAGUCCAUUGGCUUCAAAGGCAUCCUGCUUUUUGGUAACCCUCAGCAGAAAGAGAAGUACCUUCCAAAGCUGGCCACUGGAGAGCACAUUGCUGCCUUCUGUCUUACUGAACCUGCGAGUGGUUCUGAUGCAGCCUCCAUUAAAACCAAUGCAGUUCGUUCCCCCUGCGGACAGUACUACACCCUGAAUGGAAGCAAGAUCUGGAUCAGUAAUGGAGGCAUUGCUGAGAUCUUCACUGUGUUUGCAAAGACGCCCAUGAAGGAUGAGAAGACUGGAGAGAUGAAGGACAAAAUUACAGCGUUCAUUGUGGAGAGGAGCUUCGGAGGAGUCACACAUGGUCCACCUGAGAAAAAGAUGGGCAUUAAAGCAUCCAACACGGCAGAAGUGUAUUUUGAGAACGUGCGUGUCCCUGCGGAGUGUGUGCUGGGAGAGGUUGGAGGUGGAUUCAAAGUGGCCAUGAACAUCCUCAACAAUGGCCGCUUCGGCAUGGCCGCCGCACUCUCUGGCACCAUGAAGGGUGUCAUCUCCAAAGCGGUGGACCAUGCUGCUAACCGGACUCAGUUUGGCAACAAGAUCCACAACUAUGGUGCCAUUCAGGAAAAGAUGGCCAGAAUGGCAAUGCUUCAGUAUGUGACAGAGUCCAUGGCUUACAUGGUUAGUGGGAAUAUGGACAGCGGAGCCAAAGAGUUCCAGAUUGAGGCGGCCAUUAGUAAAAUCUUUGCUUCUGAAGCAGCUUGGUUGGUGACGGAUGAAUGCAUUCAGAUUAUGGGUGGAAUGGGAUUCAUGAAGGACGCUGGUGUGGAAAGAGUAUUGAGGGACCUGCGAAUCUUCAGAAUCUUUGAGGGUACCAAUGACAUCCUGCGACUGUUCGUAGCGCUCAACGGCUUCCAGAAUGCAGGCAAUCAGCUAAAGAGCUUGCAGAAAGCUCUAAAGAACCCUUUCGGUAAUGCUGGGAUGUUGGCGAGUGAAAUCACAAAGCGAGCCAAGAGGAAGGCAGGCUUGGGGACAGGACUGACGCUGCAGGGAACGGUCCAUCCAGAGCUUAACCACAGUGGAGAAUUGACUGUUAAAGCCAUCGAGCAGUUUGGAGCUGUUAUUGAAGAGCUUCUCUUGAAACAUGGAAAGAGAAUCAUUGAUGAACAGUUUGUUCUGAAGAGAGUUGCAGACUGUGCCAUUGAUCUGUACGCCAUGGUUGUGGUCUUGUCCAGAGCAUCCAGGUCUCUCAGCCAAGCUCACCCUUCUGCACAGCAUGAGAAGAUGCUGUGUGAAACCUGGGUUACUGAGGCCCAUGAGAGAGUCAUGCAGGACAUCAAGUUCCUCAGGUCAGGGACCUCCAAGCAGAUCUUCAAGAACUUGCGUGCCAUUUCUGCUGCUGUGGUAGAAAACGGAGGGGUGGUAUCUCCUCAUCCUCUGGGCUUUUAAAGCUCUGCUCUUCCUCCUGUUACCUGACCAUCUCUUCUCAAACCAGUCAGUCACACCUGCCCAUAUCUCUUAACUCAGACUGUUCAGUGCUGCAAUCCAUUAUAAGUGGAGUCUGUCACAUUGUGUACUUUGACCACAGGAGUGCUUUAAUAUUUCAUAAUUAAGUAUGUAAAUGAAUGAAUGGGACUUGCAGAUUUAGGUGUACAUUAAAGGAUUGGAUUUGUGUUUAUGAAUUUAGUACUUUUUGUAUAUGUAAAAAAAGAAAUUUAGAAAAGGGUUGAUUAAAAUGAACCAAUGGUGAAACCUAGUCUGCUUCGAAGAGUGUUAAAAGCUCUGACUGAAGUACUUUAGACUUGUCAACAAACCUCAGUCCAAUAUCCGGUCCAGCUGCUAGCAUUUUGCAAAUGUUUUCAAUUUGUCAUUGUUGAAAAACAUUUUUAUUUAGCGGUUUUACAUUGAACCUCAACUUUAGCUGUUCCCAUGGUUGUUAUGUGAAGUGUCUUACCCAGAAGUUUGUUCUCAUAACUAUAAUAUAAAGUCUUUUGAGUCUCAUAUCAUUAA